CUUCGCUUUCCUUUGCCCACUCUCUUUCUACAACAAACAUGGCCGCUAAAUCGGAUGGAGCAGCCGUGUGUGAGAGCGCUUCUCGGUGUCUGCUUGGCCCUGAGCAGAGCGCGGCUCCUCUGCACCCUCGCGCCGAGAAGCGCUUCUCGCUGCUGGACUGCUGCUGGGUGCUGUGCGCCCUCUUGGUCUUCUUCUCCGACGGAGCCACCGACCUGUGGCUGGCAGCGGACUACUACGUGAGGCAGGACUAUUGGUGGUUCGGGCUCACGUUAGUGUUCGUGGUGGUUCCCUCCGCGGUGGUUCAGGUGUUAAGUUUCAGGUGGUUCGUGUAUGAUUACUCGGAGAUGAGCGCCUCCCCGAGCGGGGACGGAUGCGAUUUCAGCACCAAGGACAGCGACCGGAGGAGCGGCAGCGGCAGAACCCUGCCUGCGAACGGAUCGCGGAAAUGCUGCAGAGUGCUCGUGUGGCUCUUCCAGUCCAUCAUCCACAUCUUGCAGCUCGGCCAGGUCUGGAGGUACGUCCACACCUUGUACCUGGGAGUGCAAAGCCGCUGGCAUGGCGGCCCGGGUCAGAGGCACUUCUACUGGCGUCUGAUGUUCGAGAGCGCUGACAUCAACAUGCUGCGCUGCUGGAGGCUUUCCUGAAGAGCGCCCCAGCUCGUGUUGCAGCUCAGCAUCAUGAUCCACAGCAACGACAUACUGCCCCUACAGGGUCUUUCCGCAUCUGCCUCAUUGGUUUCUCUCGCCUGGAUGAUCGCAUCCUACCAGAAGGUUCUGCGUGACUCUCGUGACGACAAGCUCCCCAUGUCCUACAAGGCCGUGAUUGUUCAGAUGCUCUGGCACCUCUUUACCAUCGGUGCUCGAACCAUCGCCUUCGCCCUCUUCGCUUCAGUCUUCCAGCUUUACUUCGGGAUCUUCAUCGUGGCCCACUGGUGCGCCAUGACCUUCUGGAUCAUCCAGGGCGAGACCGACUUCUGCAUGUCCAAGUGGGAGGAGAUCAUCUACAACAUGGUGGUGGGCAUCAUCUACAUCUUUUGCUGGUUCAAUGUCAAAGAAGGCCGUGCCCGCUUUCGGCUUGGUGUGUACUACUGCGUGACCUUGGUUGAGAACGUCGCUCUCACCGUCGCUUGGUAUAUUCACAGGGGACCUCAUACCUCGGACUUCUAUGCCCUGAUUAUUGUGUGUGUGGUGGUGUGUAGCUAUGCUUUGGGAACAUUCUUUAUGUUCGUCUAUUAUUGCCUGCUCCACCCAGACGGACCUAUCCUGGGAGCUCAGUGGAGCUGUGUUGAGGAGGGAAUGGGGGUAAUCGGUCUGGGAGGCGUUGGGGAUUUGGAAACCCCUUUGCCCCAACCGGACGUGGUUACUAGCCCUCCCAGAACACUUCAAAGGACUACUGGUGGAGAUCGGGAGAUAGGGGCCGGGGAUAGAGAGAGUUGCCUGCCGGUGUUUCAGGUUAGGCCUCCUAGUGUUCCCCCAGCUUCCUCCCCACGUCCCCCAAGAACUGAAGGUCCCGUUAUCCGCAUCGACCUGCCAAGAAAAAGGUACCCUGCCUGGGAUGCCCACUUUAUUGACCGAAGGCUGAGGAAGACCAUCCUGGUGCUGGAAAAUACAUCUCCCGUGACGCCUCGCAUCCAGUACCAGAGCUUCAGCAACCCCAAAGAAGUGACGGAGUAUGAGACUACGGUGUAGUGUUGUUCAUACCUCCACCUUCCACAAGACAUCUCUAUGCAGAGGUGGAACUCAGCCGCCAUGAGGUUAAGGUCCGAUCCUUGACGGUCGGCAUGGUGCUACACGGUGGG